AUGGAGAAACAGGCCAAAGCUGAUUAUGUCGCGGUUCCUACGAACGAUCCUGAUGAUGUUAAAGCAGCAGCACCACCUUAUGUAGAGCGGGUUGUUUCUGCUCCGCUUGUUGAGGAUGAUAGCCAAAAAUGUCGUAAGCGCUUUCGCUUUGCUUUAAUUGGAGGUGCACUUGCUCUUUUGGGGCUUACCCAACUUUGCAGCAAAAGCAUGAACAGUUUCCAGGAGUUAUCGAAGGACUAUAUCGACAUCUCACCUGAAAAUGCUCGUGUACCCUGUGCUUUGAGACAUGAUGAAAACUUCGCCGAAUUAAAGCAAUAUUUAGAGUCUCUUGAUCAUCAAUUUGAUAAGCACAGAAAUAAUGCUUGGGUGCCAGGCGACGAACGAAUGGGUCCACCCCACAACCAUCAGCACCAUACUUACGGGAAGCAUCCUAAAGACGAUAACUUUUUUGAUUUUGACAAUAAUAUUGACAACGAUGGAGAAGAGCAUCAUCGCCAUGGUCAUCAUUCUCCUGCUUUCCAUCCACACAUGGAAGGUUCUUGGCCUCACCAUCCUCCUCCUCCUCACCAUCACUCGAAUGAACAAAAUGGUGAGCAAUUUGAAGCUUUUGACAAAUGUAAUUCCAAGCAUCAUUGCAAGCAUCAUAAGCACUCUGAAAGGUUUAAUGAGAUGAUGUACUCUCAUCAUCAUCAUCAUCAUCAUCAUCAUCAUCAUCAUCACCCUCCUUAUGAACCAAUCUGUAAGCCUGAAGAACUCCAAGGUGUCAGUACUGUCUAUAAAUUUUCACCUAAAGAAUUUAAAAAGACUGGUAUCUUCACUGGUGGCUGGUUCAGUAGAGGAAACCACAUCCAUUUAUCUAAAUCUGUCGAUUCUACUCUUGAUGCUGUCAAAUUGAAUAUUACCAUUUACUCUGGCCAUGACAGCCUUCAAAAAGAGGUUUCUAUCUCUGCUUUUGACCAUGAAGGUCAAUUUACUGUCCAAGUUGAUCGCGGUCAUCAUUUUCCUCGAAAGCCUCAUGGCAUGAUGAUGAAAAAAAGAGACGCAAAGAACCAUCAUAAGAGGGCUACUGAUAAAGAGGUAGACAUUGAAAAUGAUGAUGACGAGCACUGUAGGAAGAACUGCCUUAUAUAUGAUAUCAAGGUCGAAUUCCCUGCUAACGUUUCAUACUAUGAUGAGAUUCAAAUUCAUUCCAGUGGCGCUUUGGUCACUGGUGACAAGGAUAUUGCCAAAGUCAAUUUUGGAGCAAUCAAAGCUGGUCUCAAACGUGGUGCAAUCAUUUUUGAUAAAGGUAUAAAAGCAGAGAAAUUCUUGCUCGGUAAUCUUUAUGGCCCUAUCAUGGGAACUUAUCGAGCUAGUGAGAAAUUCUCAGCUGGCACUGUUUCGGGUAUUACUAAAGUCAAUGUUGAACCCACUGGCGACAGUAUUAACAUUACUGCUUCUUCAACUUUUGGUCCUGCCUCUGUUGAUAUUCCUGCUGACAGUUUUAAGGGUAAUUUUGUUUUAUUUAACCUGUUCGGUGAGCAGGCCACUGUUCAAGCACCCAAUCCUGAGGAUAUUCAUGUCACUAAAUAUAAGCCUACAACCAAGAAAGGCUAUUAUAAAGAGGAAGACACAGGCUCCAAGGUAGUGGUUGUUGCUAAAAUGCAUGGUGGUGAACGCCUUUCUUUCAACUAA